UUUUUGAAAAAAAAAAAAAAAAAAAAAAAACGAUACAAGUGGACGGUGCGAUGGAAAAUUCGGGCGAGGAAGUGAAAAGAGUUCUCUCGCGAUUUAAAUCGGAUAAUGGCGAAGUGUUACCAGGAGGACUCCUCGAUUUGCCGACUAAUGUCACUGUAGACAAAUUGCAGCUAAUAGUCAAUGCGUUGUUACAACUAGACGACCCAGUGCCUCUUGCGUUUUUCAUCAAUGAUGAACAAAUUAUAGAGUCUCUGGAAGAAAGACUAAAAGACUUCAAUACUAGUGAAAAUGUUGUUGAAAUUGUUUAUCAACCACAGGCUAUUUUUCAAGUUAGAGCUGUUACUCGUUGUACAGGAACUUUAGAAGGACACAAGGAAGCAGUAGUAGCGAUUGCAUUUUCACCCAAUGGUCAAUUAUUGGCCAGUGGCUCAGGAGAUACCACAGUAAGAUUGUGGGAUAUAUAUACACAAACUCCUAGAUACACCUGCGAAGGCCAUAAACAUUGGGUCCUCUGUUUGUCUUGGUCCCCAUGUGGUACAAAAGUAGCUUCAGCUUGUAAAAAUGGACGAAUUAUGAUCUGGAAUCCAGAAACUGGUAAGCAACAAGGAAAAGAUAUGAUUGGUCACAAGAUGUGGGUAACAUCUUUGUCAUGGGAACCAUAUCAUCAGAAUGCAGAGUGCAGAAAACUUGCCAGUGCAUCAAAAGACACAGAUAUUAGGAUAUGGGAUUCCAAAUUAGGCAGGACACUAUUAGUGUUAUCAGGACAUACCAAGAGUGUUACUUGCAUAAAAUGGGGAGGUAGAGGCUUAAUCUAUUCAGCAUCUCAGGACAGAACUAUUAAAGUUUGGAGAGCAGAAGAUGGAGUCUUAUGUAGAACAUUAGAAGGUCAUGGUCACUGGGUCAAUACUCUAACUUUAAAUGUAGAUUAUGUACUACGAGUUGGACCAUUUAAAAUUGUAAAAUCUAAAGAAAAUGAAGAAAUUACUCCUCAAGCAUAUGCUUUCAAAGAAUAUGAAUCUGUUGGAGAGGAGAAGCUUGUGUCAGGUUCUGAUGAUUUCACAUUAAUUUUGUGGAAACCUGACAAGGAUAAAAAACCGAUAGCUCGAAUGACUGGUCAUCAGCAAUUGAUUAAUGAUGUCAAAUUUUCUCCUAAUGGACGUAUUAUUGCCUCAGCAUCUUUUGAUAAGUCUAUUAAGCUAUGGGAUGCCAAUACUGGCAAAUACAUAUCUUCUUUGCGUGGUCAUGUGCAAGCUGUUUAUUCAGUAGCAUGGAGUUCAGAUUCUAGACUUCUAGUAAGUGGAAGUGCCGAUUCCACUGUAAAAGUCUGGAAUAUAAAGACAAAAGAACUAAGUCAAGAUCUACCUGGUCAUGGAGAUGAAGUUUAUGCAGUAGAUUGGGCUCCUGAUGGUAUCAGAGUAGCUUCAGGUGGAAAAGAUAAAAUUUUACGAUUGUGGCAAAAUUAGAUCAGCAUUUGUGUAAGUUUUUUAAUAAAAUUUUUUUAUCUGUUAAGACACAGUAUUUAUAAAGAAUAAUCUACCUUUAUGCAAUUGUUAGAAAAUCUGGUGUAAAUAAAAUAUUAAUUAAUUAUGUUAAAUAUAUUCAAAAAGUGGUUUACACUUUGAUUAAACAUGUAAUUAUUGUAAAUACGAAACUACAUUAUUGAAAGUCAAUUUUGUAAACAAACUAAAUGAAGAUAUUCCAUCGAUUAAUUUUCCAUUUCAGAUACUUUCAUAAUGAGAAUGUUCUUAAAUUAAAUGUUUAUACAUGUAUCUUUUGUAUACAUUGGUCUAUAAAGAUAAAUAUCCAUUUAUCGGCAGCCGUAGCCCUGUAUA